AUGUCAAACUUCCUCAACCAGGACUUUGGAUCGGACGAGGAGGACGAUGACUUCAAUCCCGUCGCUGCGGAGGAGUCUGACGUCGAGGAUGCCAAGCCACAGAAGAGACGCGCGAGUCCUGAGGAUGCCGCGGAUGAUGUGAAAUACGAUCGCGAUGAUGCUGAAGACAACGACGCCAAGGAGGACAUCGAUGAUGACGCUGAUGGAGGCGCCGGAGAUAAUGACGAGAAUGGAGAUGAAGACGAGGAGGAUGAGGACGACGAGGACGAUGAGCAAGCAGUGGAACGUCCUCGCAAGCGCCGGCGAGGCGGUGUACACUCUUUCUUCGAAGAAGAGGCCGGUGUCGACGAAGAAGAAGACGAAGCCGAGGACGAGGAGGAUGAGCUCGCCGAAUUCGGUACCGAAAUGCAUCCCGACGAUCUCGAUGCCCUGCCUGCCGGCGCCGAGACCGAUGACCGCCGUCACCGACAGCUGGACCGUCAGCGUGAGCUAGACGCCACAAUGGAUGCAGAGAAGCAGGCACAGAUGCUCAAAGAGCGCUAUGGACGAAACCGUGCCGCUGCGACAGAUGCUCUGGUGAUUCCCAAACGACUGCUCCUCCCCAGUGUGGAAGAUCCCAGCAUUUGGGGCUGCCGCUGCAAGCCUGGUAAGGAGAAGGAGGUCGUCUACUCUAUCCAGAAGCGCAUGGAGGAACGACCCGCCAAUUCGCGUAACCCAAUCCGACUCAUCUCCGCAUUCGAGCGUGGAAACAUCAUGCAGGGUUGGUUCUACUGCGAGGCGCGCAGACAGGCCGAUGUCACCGAUGCCCUGGAAGGCAUAGCAUUCUACUAUCCGUCUCAGAAAAUGACUCUGGUUCCCGUCAAGGAGAUGCCUGAUCUGCUACGCGUGCAGAAAUCCGAGGAGUUGAUGCCUGGUGGUUGGGUCCGCAUCAAGCGCGGCACGUACCAGGGUGAUCUUGCCCAAAUUGAAGAAGUCGAGACCAACGGUUUGAACGUCACCGUUCGGCUGGUCCCCCGCCUGGACUAUGGUAUGAAUGACGAUAACGCUGCUAUGCUCGGCCCCGAUGGCAAGCGCAAGCGCGCCACUGUGAACAAAGUCAGACCCCCGCAACGCCCAUUCAGUGAGGCAGAGGCCAAGAAGAAGCAUGCCAAGUACCUUUCCGCUACAUCUGGACUGGGUGGCAAGUCAUGGAGCUACCUCAACGAGACCUAUAUCGAUGGGUUCCUCAUCAAGGACAUGCGUGUCCAGCACUUGAUCACUAAGAAUGUCAACCCCCGGUUGGAGGAAGUGACCAUGUUUGCGCGAGGAGGCGAGGACGGAACUGCGAACUUGGACUUGGCCUCUCUUGCCGAGACAUUGAAGAACUCGACUGCCGAGGAUUCCUACCAACCCGGCGACCCUGUCGAAGUGUACCGUGGUGAACAACAGGGCUUGAUCGGUCGAACUGUUUCGACCCGUGGUGAUAUUGUGUCACUUCAAGUCACUGAGGGAGAUCUGGCUGGCCAGACCAUCGACGCUCCUAUCCGUACUCUUCGCAAGCGUUUCCGCGAGGGUGAUCACGUUAAGGUUAUUGGAGGCAGUCGGUAUCAGAAUGAACUCGGUAUGGUCGUUCAAGUCAAGGACGACACUGUUACCCUGCUCAGCGAUAUGAGCAUGCAGGAGAUCACAGUAUUCAGCAAGGAUCUCCGCCUUUCUGCUGAGAUGGCUGCUGAUGGCCAACUUGGCAUUUACGAUGUUCACGAUCUCGUUCAGCUUGAUGCUGCGACCGUCGCGUGUGUGAUCAAGGUUGACCGUGAAUCUCUGCGUGUCGUGGACCAGAAUGGUUCCCUUCGAAAUGUUCUGCCAACCCAGAUUGCCAACAAGCUUGCCCCUCGUCGUGAUGCUGUCGCAACUGACCGCAAUGGAGCAGAAAUUCGCAAUGGCGACACUGUCCGUGAGGUUUAUGGAGAGCAGCGAAGCGGAGUUAUUACUCACAUCUACCGCUCUUUCCUCUUCUUGCACAACAAAGCUCAGACCGAGAAUGCAGGUAUCUCUGUGGUGCGAACAACUAAUGUUGUUACCGUGUCUGCCAGGGGUGGUCGUCAUACUGGUCCUGACUUGACCAAGAUGAACCCUGCCAUGGCAAUGCAGGCCCCGGGUGGUGGUAAUCCCAACAUGCCGCCCCCUCGCCGUGGUGGCCGCGAUCGCCUGAUCGGAAAGACUGUGGCUGUUCGCAAGGGUCGCUACAAGGGUCUGGUCGGUAUCGUCCGGAAUGCAGAUGAUGAGUACGCUCAGGUUGAACUUUACACCACCAACAAGCCAGUUCUAUUACAGCGGGAGAUCCUCGUCCCCAAAGACCCGAUCUCUAAGCAAACGUUGGAUAUUGGCGGUGGCAGACCAGGCUCGCGUGUCCCGUCUUAUUCGGGCUCUGGGGCCCAAGGAGGUGGUUGGCAGGGCGGCCGCACUCCCAUGGCUGCGGCAGAUUCCUCGAGAACUCCGGCCUGGGGCGGUUCAUCUUCACGGACUCCUGCCUGGGGAGGCCUGAGCGGCUCUCGUACUCCUGCUUGGAAGAACGACGGAUCGCGUACCUCGAACCCAUAUGCUGAAGGAAACCGUACAGCCUAUGGCGGCCUGGGCAACCGUACUCCGGCCUGGAACUCUGGAUCCCGCACCCCGCAUGAUUCUGGCUCUGGCUACGAUGCCUUCGCUUCUGGAUCGCGCACUCCGGCAUGGGGCGCCGCAGGUGCUGGCAACCGUACCCCUGCCUGGGGUGGCUUGCCCAAUAGCCGAGACCAGCGCGACUUCGACGACGCCCCGACACCAGGUGGCAACUACUCUGCUCCCACUCCCGGCGCUUACGGUGCUCCUACUCCUGGUGCUUCUGCACCAACACCUGGUGCAUGGGCCGAAAGUGCUUCCACGCCCGGCGGAGCUUUCAGUGCUCCAACCCCUGGGGGAUUGCCUAAGCGUGGAGGCUACGAUGCCCCGACCCCUGCAGCCUUUGACGCACCAACCCCUGCGAUGGGUGGCAUCGCUGCCACCCCCGGUGCAGGCUAUGGCGACGACGAUGGAGGUCCCCGCUACGACGAGGGCACCCCAAGCCCUUGA